AUGCAUUUUGAUCUUGCGGUAUAUUCCCGUUGUUUCCUUCUUGAUCUUAUGCUGUGUUGGGUUGCAAGAAUUUUGGCAACAGGUCCAUUGAGCUUCGACUUGAAUUAUCCGCCGAUCACGGAGGGAAACAUAGUGGAAGAACAGGUUGCAGCUCGUGAUAACAGCUUGUCCGGGUCGACCUCGCCUUUCCUGGCUCCAAGUAGGACUCAGCAGGAUUUGAUUGGUGCAGGAAAACGCAAAUUGGUUAAAGAAGAACCUUUGACCCCUACAGUUUUGCAACCAAAUAAUCAGCUUCACGCCACUUUAGGUCUCAUACCUCAAGCAGUGUCCAACCACGACGCCCCGGAAACCAAGCCCUCGUUUACCGCUUAUAAUGAUGUGAACAUGGAGGGGAGCGAAUUCAAAUUGAGUGGCAAUACUGAUCAUGGAAACAACGUUGGAUCCCUCGGCAGAAGCGAUUUGAUUCAGCCAGUGGAUAACAUCGAGGGGUUGGCAGUGACCGAGCCGAGGAGCAAGAAAGCACGUUUGGAUCUCGUUCGGCCCAAAGCAUCAUAUCUGGACGAUUUCCAAUACUUGAAAAGUGCUAAAAGUACAGUUGCAGUCGUUAGGGAAUGUCAAUUAGAUUUCGAGACAAGGCUCGUUUCACCAGAACUGCUUUGCUUCUCGCAUGCGAAGAUGGGACAUGUCCACUCAAAUUUACCGUUUGCAAUGAUUAAUCGGUGGAAACUACUCUUCAAGAAGCUGAUCACAUACACCUACCAAUUGCAUCAGACACUUCUAAGCAAGUCUGGUAUGACUGUAUCCGCCCAGCGAGUGCAACAUGCCAAACUGCUGAAAUGGCUACUCAAUCAAAUCUUUGAGCCUCGUGAUCCCCUUAUUCCGGUCAUAGGUGUCAUUCAAAAGCCUUACCCUGAUUGGCAAGGAGAUCAACCAUAUGAGAGACUCGGAAAAACGCAGAUACAACUCAUAAAUUAUUUUUCCGGAGAUGGAGAGCAUGAAGUAACAGCCAACUUGGCCGUCUACCUACUAGAGACUUACCAAGGGCAACACGAAGAGUCAUUUGAACCCAAAUCAGAAGUAGAUCAAGCAUUAUUAAAGAAGCUUUUGGAAUGGCUAUGUGAGAUGAUUCUGGACCCAAAAUCAACCAAGAGUCUGCCUAUCAUGGGUCUGACCAAAGCUAACGGGAUCAUUGCACCUUGGGAGGAGGCUGAGAAUGAAGGUGUACAGCUCUUUGGACCGGUUCAAAUACAAUUGAUCCAUCAUUUUUCUGGAGGUUGGAAAACUAACGAGAGUCUUAAAUCUACGGCUGCUUUUGCUUUGACAAGCUUUUAUCAAGAUCAUUGUCCAAGAUUAUUCAAUCAUUUGAUGCUCAUCUCACACCAUUAA